AAAAUGAAGGUGCCUGCGGAGGAAUUAAUGGGCGAUAUUUUGAAGCGUUUAACAGGCGAGUCUGUGCUGCCUGUGUACCGCAACAUUGAGAAGUUUAAACGAGCGAAGGAGGGUUUAUAUUUCGUCGCCGAAGACUUCACCGAAACUGUGAAAAAAAGAGAAAUGGUCAACGCUAAGGAACGACUGAGAAUCAGGAAUUUGAACACUAUGUUCUCCCGCUUGAAGCGUAUGGUGCCACUUAUGAGACCGGACCGGAAGCCCAGUAAAGUGGACACGCUCAAAGCUGCAACGGAAUACAUUCGAUUGCUUGUUGCAGUUUUGCAGGACAGUGACAGUCAUGAUGGCAGCAGGACUGAUUUCUUAAAGAAUGCAAUCACUUAUGGUCAGACUCAAGGCUUUGGCAGUGACCUAUGGAGGGUGGAUGAUCUGCUCAACAUGUCAGAUGAGCGCAUGGAAGACGGAUUCACUAUGCCACCAGAACCCGUAACAGAGGAUGGAGAUAUAACCAAUCUGGUGUUGCAACAUUGUGUAAUGCCUGCAUACCAGUUCAUCAUCCAAGUAGCACCUGAUCAGACUUCGCAGCUGUCUCAACCCUGCUGA